GAUACAAACACUCUUUCUCUCUCUCUCUUUCUCUCUCCCUCUCUCUGUCUCUUUUUCUCCUUCUCUCUGUCUGUCUGUCCAUCUCUAGUUCGUAACCGCGGCGAUAGGCUCAGGUAGGACCAUGGAACGGAGGGGCAGAGGGGAAACGUGGUUUCCGUAGUAACCAGUCUCUCCUCCUCCUGUUUCUUCCGCGUCUGGCGGUGCUGGUGUCACCAUCCCUCUCUUUUUCUCUUUCUUUCUCCCUCUUUCUUCCUUCCCUCCUUCUUCCCUCUCUCUCUCUCUCCUCUCUCUCUCUCUCUCUCUCUCUCUAUCUCCGUGUCUCCUCAUGUCUUACCCUGACGCCAGGAUGCCACUCUUUGAGUGGAGGAUGAUAUAGAGCAAAGGAAAGAAAAGAGAAGAGAGGAACUGCCUUUUUUUUCUUUUCUUCUUCUUCUAUCACUUGUUUUUUUCCCUCCUUCAUGGCCUCCUUAUAAAGACAGGAGGAUUUCUCGUCUCUCUGCCUGUCCUUUAGCUCGCUCCUGCCUCCCGAUGACGGAUACAUCCCACAUUUUUCUUUUUCUUUGAUCGUUGCUAUCUGUUGGGUACCCCUUGACGACGGGUGGGAAUAUUUCGGAGCGCUCUUUCUCCCGCUCCGGGAGCGGGAUUGGGGAUUUUGCACCAUGGCUCACGCCGCAUCCCAACUGAAGAAGAAUAAGGAUGUGGAUGUAAACGCCAUCGAGGAUGAAAAGGAGCGGAAGAGAAAAAUCCGGAAACACUCCCGUGAUCAAAAGAAAAAGUCAGACAGCAAUGCCAGCUAUCUGCGUGCUGCCCGGGCGGGGAACUUGGAGAAGGUCCUCGACUACCUGAAGAGCGGAGUGGAAAUCAACAUCUGCAACCAGAAUGGGUUGAACGCGUUACAUCUAGCCUCUAAAGAGGGCCAUGUGGAAGUAGUGGCAGAGCUGCUGAAGCUCGGAGCGUCUGUCGAUGCGGCGACCAAGAAAGGAAACACAGCGCUGCACAUCGCCUCUCUGGCCGGACAAGCGGAUGUGGUGAGAGAGCUGGUCACCAACGGAGCCAACGUCAACGCACAGAGUCAGAAUGGCUUCACUCCGUUAUACAUGGCUGCACAAGAGAACCAUCUGGAGGUGGUCAGGUUCCUCCUGCAACAAAGUUCCAGCCAAAGCAUCGCCACAGAGGAUGGCUUCACCCCCCUGGCAGUGGCUCUGCAGCAGGGUCAUGACCAGGUGGUGUCUCUCCUCUUGGAGAACGACACCAAGGGCAAGGUGCGUCUGCCCGCGCUCCACAUCGCCGCGCGCAAGGACGACACCAAAUCCGCCGCGCUGCUCCUCCAGAACGACCACAACGCAGACGUCGAGUCCAAGAGUGGUUUCACACCUCUUCACAUUGCCGCUCACUAUGGCAACAUCAACGUGGCAACCCUGCUGCUGAAUAGAGGAGCGGCGGUAGACUUCAUGGCACGGAAUGAUAUCACACCCCUGCACGUGGCAGCCAAACGAGGCAACGGUAACAUGGUGAAACUGUUGUUGGACAGAGGUGCCAAGAUCGACGCCAAGACCAAGGACGGUUUGACGCCGUUACACUGUGGAGCACGGAGCGGUCAUGAACAGGUCGUGGAGAUGCUGUUGGACAGAGGGGCACCCAUCCUGUCAAAGACUAAGAACGGCCUGUCUCCCCUCCACAUGGCGACGCAGGGCGACCACCUGAACUGUGUCCAGCUCCUCCUCCACCACGACGUGCCUGUCGACGACGUCACCAACGAUUACCUCACUGCCCUGCACGUGGCUGCACACUGCGGGCACUACAAGGUCGCCAAGGUGAUCGUGGACAAGAAGGCCAACCCCAACGCUAAAGCUCUGAAUGGGUUCACUCCUCUGCACAUUGCCUGCAAGAAGAACCGGGUGAAAGUGAUGGAGCUGCUGCUGAAGCACGGCGCCUCUAUCCAGGCAGUUACAGAGUCGGGACUAACCCCUAUCCAUGUGGCUGCCUUCAUGGGUCAUGAGAACAUCGUCAAACAGCUGAUCCACCACGGAGCCUCGCCCAACACCACCAACGUGAGAGGGGAGACAGCGCUCCAUAUGGCAGCCAGAGCAGGACAGUCAGACGUGGUGAGGUACCUGAUACAGAACGGAGCAAAAGUCGACAUCAAGGCCAAGGACGACCAGACGGCACUGCACAUCUCCAGCCGCCUGGGGAAGGUGGACAUCGUCCAGCAGCUCCUGCAGCGUGGGGCAUCGGCCAACGCGGCCACCACCUCUGGCUACACCCCCUUGCACCUGGCCUCUCGGGAAGGACACCACGACGUCGCCUCCCUCCUGCUCGAGCAGGGGGCCUCCAUCACGGCAACAAAAGGUCAGGGCUUCAGUCCUCUCCAUGUGGCAGCUAAACACGGACAACUGGAGGUGGCCAACGUGCUACUGCAGAGAGGAGCCGCAGCGGAUGCAGAGGGCAAGACUGGGCUAACUCCGUUGCAUGUGGCGGCUCACUAUGAUAAUCAGAGGGUGGCUCUGCUUUUACUGGACCAAGGAGCUUCUCCACAUGCCGCCGCAAAGAACGGCUACACGCCGCUGCACAUUGCGGCUAAGAAGGGCCAGCUGGACAUCGGCACCACGCUACUGGAGUACGGCGCGGACACCAACGCCUGCACCAAGCAGGGCAUCAGCCCCCUCCACCUGGCAGCACAGGAGGGCAGCGUCGACCUGCUCUCACUCCUGCUCAGCAAGAGCGCCAACGUCAACAUGGGCAAUAAGAGUGGACUGACACCACUGCACUUGGCUGCUCAGGAAGACCAGGUGGGUGUGGCCGAGGUGCUGCUCAACCAUGGAGCCGAGGCUGACGUGCGGACGAAGAUGGAUUACACUCCAUUGCAUGUGGCUUGUCACUAUGGCAACCAGAAGAUGGCCAACUUCCUGUUGGAAAACCGUGCUAAAGUCAAUGCCAAAACGAAGAACGGGUACACCCCUCUUCACCAGGCAGCCCAGCAAGGCCACACCCACAUCAUUAAUUUGCUGCUGCAGUACGGAGCGUCAGCCAAUCAGCUCACUCUGAAUGGGAACACACCCCUGUCCAUUGCCCGAAGGCUAGGAUACAUCUCUGUGGUAGACACACUAAGAGGAGUGACUGAUGACAACCUCUGCAAUGUGGCUGCGACAGAGAAACACAAAAUAAACGUCCCGGAGACCAUGAACGAGUUUCUCGACAUGUCAGACGAUGAGGUGCAUAGAGCCAGUCAGCGAGAUGUUGCCAGUGAAGACAGUCAAUCUGGUGGGGAAGAAGGUGAGGAUGCGAUGACCGGAGACACGGAUAAGUAUCUCCGGCCGCAGGACCUGCGGGAGCUGGGGGAUGAUUCCUUACCACAGGAGGGCUACAUGGGCUUCAGCAUCGGAGCGCGGUCCGCCAGCCUGCACUCCUUUAGUUCUGACAGGUCAAACACACUCAACCGCAGCUCUUACGCCCGUGACAGCAUGAUGAUCGAAGAGAUCCUCGCUCCCACCAAAGACCCGCACCUGGCUAUAACGCGGGAGUCGGAGUGUUUGAGGCGAUACAGCUGGACGCCAGAGACAGUGGACAACGCAAAUACCGUCUCCAGUCCCAUCCACUCUGGGUUCUUGGUCAGCUUCAUGGUGGACGCUCGGGGCGGGUCCAUGCGGGGCAGUCGCCACGACGGCAUGCGCAUCAUCAUCCCGCCCAGAAAGUGCCAGGCUCCAACACGAAUCACGUGCCGCCUGGCCAAGCGUCACCGUCUGGCCUACCCGCCACCCAUGGUGGAGGGAGAAGGACUGGUCAGCCGGCUGGUGGAGAUGGGUCCUGCCGGCGCACAGUUCCUGGGGCCUGUGAUCGUGGAGAUCCCCCAUUUUGGCUCCAUGCGGGGGAAGGAGAGGGAGCUGAUCGUCCUGCGCAGUGACAACGGCGACACGUGGAAAGAGCAUCAGUACGACUGCCGACCCCAAGAGCUACUGACGCUCCUCAACGGCAUGAACGAGGAGCUGGACAGCCCUGCUGAGCUGGAGCAUAAGCGUAUCUGCCGAAUUGUCACCAGGGAUUUCCCACAAUACUUUGCGGUGGUGUCGCGGAUCAAGCAGGAGAGUGACUACAUGGGUCCGGAAGGCGGUGUGUUGUCCAGUGAGACGGUUCCCAUGGUGAAGGCAUCCUUCCCACCUGGUGCUCUCACCAAGAGGAUCCGAGUGGGCCUGCAGGCUCAGCCAAUCCCAGAGGACCUGGCUCAGAGUGUGAUUGGUAACCGCGCCUCGUUCAGCCCCAUCGUUACCGUGGAGCCACGCCGGAGGAAGUUCCACAAGCCCAUCACCAUGACAAUCCCGGUGCCGCCCCGAGUGCGGGAGGCGGCCGCUAGUGGGCGGAAGGGUGACUCUGCCCCUGGUCUCAGGCUUCUCUGCAGCAUCACAGGAGGAACAUCUCCUGCCCAGUGGGAGGACAUUACAGGCACUACGCCACUCUCCUUUGUUACAGACUGUGUGUCCUUCACAACCAAUGUGUCUGCCAGGUUCUGGUUGGCUGACUGCCAGCCGGUACCGGAGACGGUUGGCCUUGCCGCACAGCUGUACCGAGAGCUCAUCUGCGUUCCGUACCUGGCGAAGUUCGUGGUGUUUGCCAAGACGCACGAUGCCAUCGAGUCGCGGCUCCGCUGCUUCUGCAUGACCGACGACAAGGUGGACAAAACUCUGGAGCAGCAGGAGAACUUCGAGGAGGUUGCCCGCAGUAAAGAUAUCGAGGUUCUGGAGGGCAAGCCCAUUUUUGUGCAUUGCUAUGGAAACCUAUCGCCACUGACCAAAAGUGGGCAGCAGCUCAUCUUUAACUUCUAUGCCUUCAAGGAGAACAGACUGCCCUUCAAUGUAAAGGUGCGAGAUCUGGGUCAGGACCCAUGUGGCCGUCUGUCGUUCCUCAGCGAGGCCAAGACCAGCAGGAGCCAGGCCCACACGGCCAUAUGCAACCUCAACUUCUCACUGCCAACUCACAGGAAGGAAAUGGAGUCUGAUCCAGAUGAUGAGAAUGAAAACAAAGAGCGGCGCCAUGCUUUUGCCUCUCUAGCUUUGCGUAAACGCUACAGCUAUCUGUCUCCCCCAGCCUCCACUGAUCGAGAGAACACACCACAGCAAAAAGCAUCAACAAUGCCACAACAACAGACUCCGGGCUAUGCUUACAAGCCUGUCUUUUCAACGCGAUCCUACCAAUCCUGGUCAUCUAACACUCCCGUUCAUGCGCCUUGCCAGACCAAAUCCGGUUUCGGAUCCCUCUCCAGUUCUUCCUCCAACACACCCUGUGCCUCGCCACUAAAGUCGGUUUGGUCCAUCAACUCGGCGUCCCCCAUCAAGUCAGUCAUCGGAGGCUCCCCAGCCGCCUCUGUUAGGUCCUCUAGUGAGAUAGGUUCCCCUGCCCGCUCGUAUAGAACCAUCUCCUCCCCGAUAAAGACAGUGGUUCAGCAGGCCCAGUACCCUGUCCAGUCCUCCCCCACACUUCUGUCGUCCCCUGGGAAAAGCUCCCCCGAUCCAGUGUCUGUGAAAGGGUUGGCCGCCCUGCAGGCCAGGACUUCCCCUGUGCCACCUAGUGGGUCCCUUCUUGAGAGGUCCUCCAUUGCCAUGACCCCUCCAGCCUCUCCCAAAUCUUCCUUGAGCAUGUACAGCUCCACUUUGCCCUACAAGAAAGUGGUGACCUCCACUGCCCCAAUCACAUCCUCACCAAUCAAAACUGUCCCAGGCCUCUCCUCUGUUCGGACGAGUACUGACCCCUCUGCGGUUUCAAGGGGGCUGUUCUCAUCUCUCACCUCGCCCCUGAAGACAAAUGCUGCCCCAAGCACUGCAGCACUGAUAAACGGGACAGUGUCCCCAACCAAAUAUCGCUCUGCCUCCCCAACCUCUCUCCUGUCAAGCACUCUGCAAGAACGGAUCCAGGCGACGACAAACGCAGCCACAACCAGUGUCAACGCAGCCCUUGACGAAGUGGAAAAAACAUUCAACUCCUGUUCUGCCUCAGGCUACGGCACGCUAAAAUCCAUGUCUUCCACGCCAUCUUCCUCCUAUCAGUCAUUCCGCUCCUCUGCUUCCAACUCCAUCUAUGCCAACAUGAGGCCCUCACCUUCCUCCACCACAUCUGUCACGUCGAGUACAGUCACAGUCCCCGUAUACUCUGUCAUUAACGUCUUACCAGAGCAGCACCAAUUUAAAAAGCUUCCAGACGUGUCCAAAUCAGCAGCUGCUCUCUUGUCCCCUAGAAAGGCGGCCCCCACUGAACCCAGCAAACAGUCCCAGUCUUCCUUUGCCAGGACUUUGUCACCAGUCAAAACCCCACUGUUCAUGUCUCAAUCAGCUCUAAAGUCCACUGCCUCCACGUCCCCUCUGUCUUCCAGCCAGGAGAUACUGAAGGAUGUGGCCGACAUGAAAGAGGACUUGAUCAGGAUGUCGGCCAUUUUGCAGACAGACACCAGCUCAGCCACAAAAGGUCUGCGUUCUGAUUCUCCGAAAGAGAAAAUGGAGGAUGAGGAGCCUUACAGAAUAGUAGAGAAAGUUAAGCAGGAUCUUGUCAAAGUCAGUGAGAUACUGACCAAAGACGUGCUUAGAGACAGCAAAGUUCCCCGCAAACCAAGCAUUGAAAAUGAGGACGAGAUAGAUGACAGCCAACACAAUAACUGGAGAAGUCCACCCCGAUAUGAGACAGUGGCUCAACAGGCUAAAUCAAAGAACAUACCUGAAAGGGAUUUUAACCUGGCAAAGGUGGUGGACUAUCUUUCAAAUGAUAUUGGUGCUAGCCCUCUUUCCAAAAUUGCAGAAGCCAAACAAAGAAAUGAGGAGGUGAGGAGAGAGGGGGAGGAGAAACAGAAACGAGUGCUUAAACCUGCCAUGGCCGUACAAGAGCACAAGCUCAGAAUGCCGCCUACCAACAUGCGCCCGUCUGCCUCAGAAAAAGAGCUCUGCAAGCUAGCCGAAGCCCUCUUUGGAAGUGAUGCUGUGUUGGACUCCCCAGAUGACAUAUCUCACGACCAGGACAAAAGUCCUCUCUCAGACAGUGGCUUUGAGACAAGAAGUGAGAGGACACCUUCUGCCCCACAGAGUGCUGAGGGCAUGGGACCCAAGGCCCUCUUCCAAGAUGUACCGAUCCCUCCUGUCAUCACUGAAACACGAACUGAGGUUGUCCAUGUCAUACGGAGCUAUGAGCCCCCGGAUGACAUUCAUGAAUCAGCCAUGGAGGAAGCAAGAGCGUCUCGACCACCUGCCCAGUGCAUCGAUGUAGAGCCCAGAUCUCCUGGAGGAUCCAUUAAGGAUCGAGUCAAAGCCUACCAAGCAAAAGCCAACCAAGAAGAAGACUCUAUGAUGGGCAAGGGCAUGAGGGUGAAAGAGGAAACACAUAUCACAACAACAACUCGCAUGGUCUACCACAAGCCUCACAGUAAGGAAGGUACACCUGAGAGACUGGAAGAAACUAUGUCUGUGAGAGACAUCAUGAAAGCUUUUCAGUCAGGAAGAGAUCCCUCCAGGGAAUUAUCAGGUUUGUUUGAACAUAAGACUGGAGGUGAUGGCCACAGAGCUGAAUCUUCACCGAGGCCUUCAGAUAGGGACAUGUCUGGAAUGCCCAAAGUUGAGAGAAUUAUUGAGGUUCACAUUGAGAAAGGGAAAUCAGAGCCAACUGGCGUCAUCAUACGUGAGACCAAAAAACACCCAGAAAAGGAGAUGUACAUCUACCAGGGCAACAGUGGAAUAAAGGAAUAUCCAACUAGAGGACAGGAAGAAGAGGAGCCUGAGGAAUCACUUCCUUGCUAUUUGGACUCUUCCCGAGUGAAUACACCUGUGUCUCAGGAAGAUGACAGCCGCCCGAGUUCGGCUCAGCUAAUGGCAGACGACUCCUACAAAACCUUGAAGCUUCUGAGCCAGCACUCUGUAGAAUAUCAAGACGAUGAGUCAUCUGAAGUUAGGGGAGAGUCUUACAAAUUUGCUGACAAAAUGUUCCACUCUGACAAAUUUGACUCCUCGCACUCAGAUUCUGACGAGUCAGUGAUUGAUAGGUCACGUAUGCAGGGGGCUGACAGGUCUGUCUAUGAGGAAGGAGGCCACCGUGGCUGCAUGAGAGAGUACAUGUUGAAACCAUCAAAGAAUUCUUCAGAUAGGUCCAACCCAGAUGGGCAGUAUGACAAAUUAACACUGCUCCAGUACUCCUCAGAGCCAGGUAGUCCUAAACAGUCUGUAUGGAUGCGAGUCACAGAAGAUAGGCAAGUGAAGAACAGGGAAAAGGUCUACGAGGACAGGGUAGACAGGACUGUGAAAGAGGCAGAGGAGAAACUAAGUGAGGUCUCACAGUUUUUUCGUGACAAAACAGAGAAACUAAACGAUGAGCUGUCAUCCCCUGAGAAAAAGUCCCGCCGCCCAGACUCCAGGGAGACAAGAUCAGGGCCGAGCUCCACCCGAAGCAGCCCUGAGAGAUCAGUGUACCGGAGUGGAGGGAGUGGGGAGGAGUGGAGCAGGGACAGAUUUAGGGAUAGAUAUGGGUCAAAUGACAGAAAAUGUGCCAGCCUGCCGAGUAGUCCAGAGAGGCGUGCGCUCUUUCAAUAUGGCGACGAAAAGCAGAAACAAGCUGAUGUGUCAUCAACAAGCAGUUUGAGUGACACGUCCAAAUCAUUCCUACCCUCCACUUCUAAAGUCAGUUCUGUUAGGAUGAAGUUUGAAGCUGAGGCUCAAAAACAAGAUAAGGGUCCUCAGUGGGCUGGGCAAACAUCACCCUCUACAAUCAGAAAGCUCUCAGAGAGCAAGCCAGCCUAUCAGGUUUUUGCAGGUGCUAAUAACCCAAAAUCGGCAGACUCAGGCAGCCGAGAGCAAAGCCCAAAAAAAGAUCAUGAUCCUGAUGGUAGUCCAAAAAAGGGUCAAAACUAUUAUGUAAGAGGAGCCCAGGCCUACUCUCAAAAUCAGUCAGGUGAAAGGCACAAACCCCUUCCCAAAGGUCCCUCCCCUAACCACAACACCAAUUUGAAAGAACAGGAGUCUGAAGAAAAAAAAACUUACAAGACCUGGGAAAGCCAUGGCAAUGGACACCACAAAGCCCAUAAUGAGAGUGAGGGGGAAAUAGCCACUAAGGAGGAAACAACCAAAAAAAUUAUCUACACAGAGCUUGUGAUACGAGAAGAUAGCAGUAACUCUGAUCAGUAUAACAGAAGUCUAAAAAAAAACUCGGAAUCACAAAUUCCUGUUAGGGUAUCAUCUAGUUUUGUAAACCAUCAUCAGAGUAGCACAUUAAAGUUAGAUAAUUCAGUCAAAGCUCAUGAUAGGGGUACUUCACAAAUACCCACAUUAGCUAGAAGCCGACUGAACUGUAGUUCUGAUGAAAACAGAUCAUCUAGUGAUUUGUCAUCCAUAGGAUCUGCCUCAGAGUCAAUCGCCACAGUAAUUUGCAAUGGUGUUGAUAGUGAUCAAGUAGAGUACAUGGAAAAGGUGUCGCCUGUUGCAACUACAGAGAGUUUCAAAGACAUCAAGCCUUUACCAGUUUAUGUUAGCAUCCAAGUGGGCAAGCAGUAUGAGAAGGAAACUGCCACAGGGCAGCUGAGCACAUACAAAAAGAUAGUCAGUCAUGAAAGUCGUACAGUGCACGAAACUAGGGGAGCAUUUUACCAAGUAAAACAAAAGCAGCCUCCCUCUCCCCAGGGUAGCCCAGAGGAUGACACUCUAGAACAGGUGACCUUUUUGGACAGUUCCGGAAAAAGCCCAGUCACCCCAGAGACUCCUACAUCUGAGGAAGUAAGCUAUGACCUUACCUGCAGAACACCAGAGUCUGUCAUCGGCCCCAUGGCAGGCAUGCCCAGUCCCAUCCCUGAGGAGUCCGAGGAAGAAGAAGGCAAGACUUUCAUUUUCCAUGAAUCCAAACCAGCAACAUCUUCAGAGCCUAGGAAAGCAAGCCAAGAUGUACUCAAAAGACCAAAAGACAAGAGAGUUGCCUAUAUUGAGUUUCCUCCACCUCCUUCUGCAGAGGGAGAGCAGUCUGAACCAGAAAAGAAAGGAUCUUGUCCCUCCUCUGAGGCUGAGACAGAGAUGAUGGAGGUGAACCUCCAAGAAGAGCAUGACAGGCACCUCCUUGCAGAGCCCGUCAUACGAGUCCAGCCUCCCUCUCCCCUUCCUCCUGGGGCUGAUGAGAGUGACUCAAGUGAUGAUGAGUCUGUGUUCCAGCCCAUUCCUCUUAAAAAAUACAGCUUCAAGAUAGCUGAGGAUAGUCCAGAACCAAAACGCAUAAGGCAGAAGAGGGAUAGAAAUGGCUCGAACCAGAAGGACUCAGCCUUGAAUGGCGAAGGGAAAGAAGAUGAUGUUGAGCUUGAAGCAAAUGGCAAUGAUCAGUCAAUCACAGACUGUUCAUUAGCAACCACAGCAGAGUUCUCCCAUGACACGGAUGCCACAGAGAUCGAUUCCCUGGACGGCUAUGACAUGCAAGAUGAGGAUGAUGGCCUGAGUGAUCCUAAAACAUCAAGCCUCUCGAAUGACGGAAAGGCAGGAGAUCGCUCAUUCAGCCAAUCCAAGCUUGAAGUCAUUGAGGAAGAAAGUAAUGAGGAAGGAGCAGGGGAAAAGGGUAAAACAAAAAGCAACUCAAAAGAGAAAAAUGCAGAAGGUGAGGAGUGUUUCACCCUGGAGGGAAGGCACCCAGAUAGGCAAACAUUAGACAGCUGGACAGAUGACUUGAACACCACCUUCAAAACCGUUGCCACCAAGGGUCUGGAGUUUGACCCAUGGUCUACAAAAGAGGGCGAGGAUGAUUGCUUUGACUCCAAAGGAAAAGAUGAGGACCCCAAGCCUUUUGGUUUAUCUGUAGAGGACAAGUCACAAGCAACCACACCAGACACUACCCCAGCUAGAACUCCCACCGAUGAGAGUACACCAACUAGCGAGCCAAAUCCUUUCCCCUUCCAUGAGGGCAAGAUGUUUGAGAUGACUCGCAGCGGUGCUAUUGACAUGAGCAAGCGGGACUUUGUUGAAGAAAGACUUCAGUUUUUCCAGAUUGGUGAGCAUACCUCUGACGCUGGGAAACCAGGGGACACGGGGAAAGUGGGCAGGAGUACAGGACUAGUGGCCUCCCAGGCACAGGCAGGGGAGAGAGCUGUAGAGGGGAACGUAGAGGCCACCACAGCCAGCACACCAUCCAUGGCCAACCCCAGUCAGCCCAGCUCCGGCUGCCUGGAUUCCUCACCUAGUGACAUUGCAGAGAUUGCCUCCUCUUGUACAGUCACUGCCUCUAAGGUUGACCCUAAAUUACGCACACCCAUUAAAAUGGGAAUCACUGCCUCCAUUACCAUUAAGAAAGACGCUGCUUCAGCCGAGUUAGCAGACGUUAAGAAGGAAAUAUCAGAGAGUCUGAUGGCAGAAUAUGUUAGUUUGAACAGCAAUAUUGUUGAUAGUCAGUUUGGCAGCAAGCGCUCAGAAUCAAAGCCAGGUGACAGAAGAGAUCUUCCUACAGAGAACUGCAAUAACAACAACAACCUAGAAUCAUCUAGUGUUCAGGCCAACUACAUUCAGCGGGGAAGCGUAGUUUUUAACCUACAGACGUCCUCUCAACCUACUCUUCAGAAAGCCAGUAGAAUAGAGGCUCAGAUCAGUAAAGACACAGUUGAAAGAGUAGAGGAGAAAGCCAGCACUCAGAGGAAAGCUGAGACACCCAAGGAGUCAGAGAUCAGGCAGCCCAAGUCAAGACUCCCAGUCAAAGCCUCUGGAUUUACAUUUCAGAGUUCAACCUCAGGGAAACAGAAACCUAGGCAAGUUGUGAAGCCAGAAGCUAGGAAAGGAGUCACUCCUGCCCUAGUGCCCCUAGAGCCCAGGUCUAGAAUCCCAGUCAAAGAUGUCAAAGCAAACAGUGCACUGGUGUCCCCAGUUACAGCUCAGGUAGCGCCUAGGAUGAUCAGACCCAAGGCAGAGAAGGCAGUCGUGCAGGUAGUCAGUGCCUCCAAGCCGCUGCCCAAAGUCAGUCCGCCAGGUGUCUCAGGUACAGUGAGCGAGGCAGUGGCAGCGGCAGCGGCAUGCAGGCAGUCGGACCUGAGCGAGGUGUGUAGACGUUCCAUCGAGUUCUUUGAGAGUGUUAGCGGGGAGACGCUUAAGCUGGCAAAGCGUCUGUCAGACGAGGAGAGGCAGAGGCGCGGGCAGGGAGAGCAGUCACAGUCCGAGGAAGACAGCAGCCGCAGCAGCAGCAUCAGCACCUCCAGGAGCAGCUCCCUGUCGGACCCCUCUCAGCCGUCACAGCCCUCCAACUCCGCCGGCUCCACCCGUGGGGCUGCGCCCUCCAGGGCAAAGGUCACCAGGGGGUCGGGAGGUGAGAGGAAGAGGAGCCGGCGGACUGGAGGUGGGAAGGAGGGGCGGCAGGUGGCAGGGACACGCGGGGCGCCCCCCGUCGCGGAGAUCAAGCCUAGUCCACAAAGCCCUUGUGAAAGGACAGACCUCCGAAUGGCCAUUGUGGCCGAUCACCUUGGACUCAGCUGGACGGAGGUGGCUCGUGAGUUGAACUUCUCGGUGGAUGAGAUCAACCACAUCCGCGUGGAGAACCCCAACUCUCUGACCGCUCAGAGCUUCAUGCUGCUCAAGAAAUGGGUCAGCCGAGAAGGAAAGGACGCCACGACGGACACCUUGACUGCUGUGUUGACCAAAGUGAACAGGAUGGACAUUGUGACUUUGCUGGAAGGGCCCAUAUUUGACUAUGGUAACAUUUCAGGCACCCGAAGUUUUGCAGAUGAUUGCGCUGUGUACCAGGAUCAGGCUGAUGGUUGGCACAGCGAGACCUCAAGCGUGAACGUGGAGCCGCCCACCCCUGGACGCAGCCUCAGCUCCGACCUCAUCGACAGGCAGGAGAACAGGUCUGCAGGCUGCCCCAGCAGCACUCUACCCCAGGAGAAUUCCAGCGACUCCGUCACGUCCUCGUCGCGGGGUGAGUCGGGGAGGCCGCGUCAGAACGGGGAGCGCUCCGACAGUCCAGCCCAAAACUCCAAAAGCCAGCGGAGCGGGAAGACCAGCGGGGCACAGGGCAGAGAAGAGGGGGCACUCGUCUCCGAGCACAAAGUCCAGCUGAGUGCUACAGACUCGGGCUCGGACGAGGAACACACUGUUACCACCAGGGUGUUUCGCAGACGCAUCAUUCUAAAGGGUGAGGAUGCGAAAAACAUUCCUGGGGAAUCAGUGUCAGAGGAGCAGUUUAUUGAUGAGGACGGGAACAUCAUUACUCGCAAAAUCAUCAGGAAGGUGAUCCGGCGCGUGGACACCCCUACCCCAGAGGACCAGGGAGGGGAGGGGGACGACCUCGACCUCGACCCCUACCACAGGUCCCUUAUAGAGGGGGACAUGCAGGGGGGCACCCCCCUUGAGGGGGAGGUGUCCAAGUCCAGAAAAAAGGACGAGAGGAGAUCUGGGGAGAAGAAGGCUUACUCAUAAAUGCAGUUCUGCAUUAGCAGACUUGCAGGAUUUAUCAGACCUGUUCCUUGGGGGCAGUGGCAUGACUGUGCAGUUCAGAGGAGCGGACGACUUUGGCCAAUAAACACACUUCUGCAGCUUCCAUGUGUAAAGGCAUGGUGUUUGUUGAGAGAGCAAGGACUUGUACCGUUUGAUUUUUUCGCAUGAGCAUGACAACUCACACUUCAUCCUGCAGAGCGGGACGCCUGUGGCGGUUUCCCAGCUGCCCCGGGGCCGAAAGGCAACCAUUUUCUGUCUGUUACGGGACCUCUACGGACUUAUAUCCUGUCACAGAAGGUACUACUUCCUCUCUAUAGAGGAGUCCAUAAGGUUCUAUUUCCUGUAUACUGAGGGACCUACAGGGCACCACUUCCUGUCCAGAGAAGAACCUCUAGGGUACUACUUUUUCUCAUCGGAGGGGCUCGGCAGGUUGUUCUUCCUGACUCUAUGGGGACAUAUAAUAAGGCUUGAGAUUGGUUGCCAAUGGCAUCAGAGGAGAGGAGAAAAAACUGAAGGAUGAUCUUCAGAAACAACGGGCACGGACUCCCUGCCUCCACAGCAACUUAACACUCCAUGUGACCAAAGAAGGCACAAACGAUUUUGUUAAAAACACACAAACAAGUCAAACAAUAUGAACUCUAUAGAAGCUCCUUCCCUCACUGGCCUUAUAGCUUAUCUUGGACCCACAACGUCAGGAUGUAAAUUGCGACUUUUUUUAUUUAGCUUAACUUAAUUUUUUUGUUUGUUUUAAAGACAAAUUGAUAAUAAUUUUACUGUACAUAAAUUACAUUGUGUAAAAUUAUGAAAAAUAAGCAUUCAAGGUUCAGAAGGCACAAAGUCACGAGAACUUUUUAAGUGCUUUCAACGUUAUUGAAACAGUACCACUCCAAAGGAAGGUUUAAGUGUAAGUUCACAUGCUCUUGUAUAACUAAUUAUUAUCGCUAAAAUAUUUGUAAAUUGAAAAACAGUGGUUCGAUUUUAACUGAAGUCAUUUCCUUGAAACUUCUGCUGAUUCUGGACUUCCCAGAAUAGGUGUGCUAAUCUAAUUCUGUGAAACAAAGAUUUAGAGUACUAAUAUUUUGACGCAUGCUACUCACGUUAUUUUAAGUACAUUUUUCUAAGUUUGCAAACACUAUAUUUAAACCAGACCAGAAAUAACAUUUCCCUGUCAGCUUCUACAGUCCUUAAUGUUUCUCACAAGUUUUAUAUUCCGAAAAAUGUCACAUAGAGAAUGUGAAGGUCUAAGGUACCUUUGUUGGGACGCUUCCCUGAGGAUUAAUCCACUGUGUGUGUUCCUCUUCAGUUUGAAGGGCAUAGCUUCAGGUGUUAGCUUGAGUGCUAAGGAUGAGAGGAUAUGUGAAUGUAUAUGCUGGUAGACUGGCUCGCUGUUAAAAAUUAGUAACGUGUCCUGUGUAAACGGCUAUAGGAUGUAGAGGUCUCUGUACGUUGUAAGGCAAUUUGUAAUGAUAUGAGUGUAUCCAUUGAUUUUUCUUUCGUUUGUUUCUUCUUUUAAGGCUGCUGUGAUUUCAGAAAGGGAAAGGCAAUUUUGCCAGGGGUUUGUUGAAAUAUUUCUUCCAAACUGAAAUAAGAGUUUCACAUUUGACCUUCACUGAUUAUUGUUGCUCAUAACAUAUUGUGUGUAUGAUAUAUGGAAAAAAAAACACUGGAUGGUCAUAAUAAUUAUUUAAGCUUAAAUCAACUUGUUUAAAUUUACAAUGUGUGACAUCUUUUUAGAAUCUGUAUAUUGCAGUGUUGGCAUUGGUUUGAUUGAUAGCUUAGAAUUUUAUUUUUGCAUCUAGAGUUUUUCUUCUUUGAAUUUAUUUUCCUAGCCCGUUUAGUCAAAUCUGUUGUGUGUAAGGUGUGAAGAUUCAGCCUCUAGUGUGCCGACCGACUCCAUAGACUUGAGAUUGUUUGCAGAAGAGUCAUCGUGAUGAGGAAUCAUCUUCUAGAAUGUUACUUUUUUUUGCAUCCCCAUGAGAACGUCUGUCUUGGGGAAAGGGUAGGAGGGACUUUUAGUAAGGUCCCAAAUAUUCUGUUGCUUUUAUUUCAUGUUUGUUUCCACCCAAGCAGCAUUUUGGUGUAUACAAUUCUUACUGAGUGAAGCCAUUUUAAUGUCUCUAUUUCAGCACUUUGGUUAUUGAAGGUCUUCUCUUUUAGAAGCUAGCAGCAAUGACGCCAUCACAAUGUCUCAGACGUCUUUAAAAAAAAAUCCAACAUUAAAAAAAUAAAUAAAAAAUGCAUUGAUUUUGCAAAUCUA